GCGGCCGCCGCUCUGCCGAGCUUCCCCGAUCCCAGCCCAGACGGCGGCGGCUCUGGCAGCCCGGGCGCCGCGACCCUCGGCGGCCACAGGGGGACGGGGAGGAGGAGGAGGAGGAGGAAGAGGCGGAGGCAGCGGCGGCGGCCGCGAAGAGGAGGAGGAGGAGGGUUCGAUCGCCUGCUCCGACGCAGACAUGGUGGACUGAUCCCCGGCGGAUUCCUGGACUGAUUCCCGAGGCGCCCCCUGCGCGUGGCCCCGCCGCGUCCCGCGCCCGGCAGCCCCUCAGCCAGCGCCCGCGUCGGGUGCGGCGGCCGGGCCGGACAGUCGCGUUCCCGCCGCGUCCCGCGCCGGGUCCUUAUGGAGGCGCCGCCCGCCGGCGAGGCCGCCGACCAUGCCUAGGAGGGCCGGGAGCGGGCAGCUGCCGCUACCCCGGGGCUGGGAGGAGGCCAGGGACUACGACGGCAAGGUCUUCUACAUCGACCACAACACCAGGAGGACCAGCUGGAUCGAUCCCCGGGACAGGUUAACGAAGCCCUUGUCAUUUGCUGACUGCGUUGGGGAUGAGCUGCCAUGGGGAUGGGAAGCAGGGUUUGACCCUCAGAUUGGUGUCUACUACAUCGAUCACAUCAACAAAACCACACAGAUUGAAGAUCCAAGAAAGCAAUGGAGGGGGGAGCAGGAGAAAAUGCUCAAGGACUAUCUCUCGGUGGCCCAGGAUGCCCUCCGGACACAAAAGGAGCUGUACCACGUGAAGGAGCAAAGACUGGCUUUGGCCCUAGAUGAAUAUGUACGAUUAAAUGAUGCCUAUAAGGAAAAGUCAAGUUCUCACACAAGCUUGUUUUCAGGAUCUUCAUCUAGUACUAAAUAUGAUCCUGAUAUUUUAAAAGCUGAGAUCUCCACUACGCGAUUAAGGGUUAAAAAGCUGAAGAGGGAGCUCUCACAGAUGAAGCAAGAAUUGCUCUAUAAAGAACAAGGCUUUGAAACACUGCAACAAAUUGAUAAAAAAAUGUCUGGAGGCCAGAGUGGCUACGAACUUAGUGAAGCCAAAGCCAUUCUAACUGAACUGAAAUCUAUCAGAAAGGCUAUUAGCUCAGGAGAGAAAGAAAAACAAGAUCUGAUGCAGAGUCUUGCUAAGCUGCAGGAGCGGUUUCAUUUGGAUCAGAGCAUUGGCAGAUCUGAGCCAGACUUGAGAUCCAGUCCGGUGAACUCUCAUUUCUCUCUCUCCAGACAGACCCUUGAUGCCGGGUCACAAACAAGCAUCUCUGGAGAUAUUGGAGUGAGAAGUAGAUCAAAUUUGGCUGAAAAGGUCAGGCUGAGCCUACAGUAUGAAGAAGCCAAAAGAAGUAUGGCCAACUUAAAAAUUGAAUUGUCAAAAUUGGACAGUGAGGCCUGGCCUGGGGCGCUGGAUAUUGAGAAGGAGAAGCUGAUGCUGAUUCAUGAAAAAGAAGAACUUUUGAAAGAGCUUCAGUUUGUCACUCCGCAAAAACGCAGUCGAGAUGAGUUAGAGCGCCUGGAAGCGGAACGGCAGCGGCUGGAGGAGGAGCUGCUGGCAGUGAGGGGCGCCCCCAGCCAGGCUCUGGCCGAGAGAUUGAAAUUGGAAGAGCGGAGGAAAGAGCUGCUACAGAAACUUGAAGAAACUACUAAGUUAACUACUUAUCUGCAUUCACAACUUAAAAGCCUCUCCGCCAGCACCCUGUCCAUGUCAUCUGGGAGCAGCCUGGGUUCCCUGGCUUCCAGUCGGGGGUCUCUGAACACCUCCAGCAGAGGGUCACUCAAUUCCCUCAGCUCCAGCGAGCUCUAUUACACCAGUCAGGGUGACCAGAUAGAUGCGGAUUAUCAGUAUAAACUGGACUUCCUUCUGCAAGAAAAGGGUGGUUACAUUCCUUCUGGACCCAUUACCACCAUCCAUGAAAACGAAGUGGUCAAGUCCCCCAGCCAACCAGGCCAGAGUGGUCCCUGUGGGGGGGCUGCAGCCGCAGCGACAGGCCACACUCCCCCACUGACCGAGGCCCCCAAGUCUGUGACGUCUCUGUCCUCAAGGUCCUCUCUUUCCUCCUUGUCCCCUCCUGGCUCUCCCUUGGUUUUAGAAGGCACGUUUCCCAUGUCUUCUCAUGACGUCCCUCUCCAUCAGUUCACUGUUGAUUUUGAAGACUGUGAAUUGAGUAGCCAUUUUGCAGACAUUGGCCUUGGUGAAAAUCAGAUAUUGCUGGAUCCUGAUUCAGGAGGCACGUCCCAGUCACUUUUAGAGGAUAAAGACCUCCACGAAUGUGCUAGGGAGCCGUUCUAUGAAGGAACUGCAGAUGUGGAAAAAUCAUUACCAAAAAGAAGAGUAAUCCACUUGCUUGGGGAGAAAACCGCUUGUGUGUCGGCUGCCGUAUCUGAUGAAUCUGUGGCUGGAGACAGCGGGGUCUACGAAGCUUUCGUGAAACAGCCUAGUGAAGUCGAAGAUGUUACAUACAGUGAAGAAGAUGCUGCCGUCGUGGAGACUGCCCAGGUGCAGAUCGGACUCAGAUAUGAUGCAAAAAGGUCAAGUUUCAUGGUGAUUAUAGCACAACUCCGAAAUCUUCAUGCCUUCCUGAUACCUCAUACUUCCAAAGUGUACUUUAGGGUUGCUCUACUUCCCUCCUCAACUGAUAUCAGCUGUCUGUUUCGAACAAAAGUCCAUCUAGCCACGGAAUCCAUUUUAUUCAAUGAUUUGUUCAGAGUGGCCAUUUCCCAAACGGCCUUACAGCAGAAGACACUGAGAGUAGAUCUUUGCUGUGUUAGUAAACACCGAAGGGAAGAAUGCCUGGCUGGAACUCAGAUCAGUCUGGCAGAUUUACCAUUUUCCAAUGAAAUUUUCACUCUGUGGUACAAUUUGCUUCCUUCUAAGCAAAUGCCUUCCAAAAAGAAUGAAGAAGAAAAUGAGGAUUCUGUAUUUCAGCCAAACCAGCCAUUAGUAGAUCCUAUAGACUUGGAUGCAGUGUCAGCCUUACUUGCGAGAACAUCAGCUGAGCUGUUGGCUGUGGAACAAGAAUUAGCACUAGAAGAAGAAGAACCAGGGAGGGGAGAAGAACAAAGGGGUCCGGAUGGAGAUUGGUUGUUAACAAUGCUGAGCGAGGCCUCUGAUGAAAUUGUGACCGAAGAAGAAGCUGAAGUUACUUUGCCAGAGGGCAGUAGACAUACCGAAGACUCAAGUUCAUGCCCGAGUGUGCCUGAGAUGAAUGAAGACACUAGUAGGAAAGAACAUAGCUGUGCCAAAGACCUUGGAAGUCAGCCACCUCCUGUAAUGCCCACCCUGGUUGAUAAAGAGACAAAUACUGAUGAGGUCGGUAACGCCAGCAUGGCAGUUCGCCCCAAAGACCGCAGCGGGCUGAGUGCCCGGCAGCGCCCCUUUGUGAGGAGCAGCGUGAUCGUGCGCUCCCAGACCUUCUCUCCUGGAGAGCGGAACCAGUACAUCUGCCGGUUAAACCGAAGUGACAGUGACAGUUCAACCCUGGCUAAAAAAUCACUGUUUGUAAGAAACUCCACUGAACGGCGCAGCUUGAGAGUCAAAAGGACGGUUUGCCAACCCGUCCUUAGAAGAACAGCACAGGAAUGCCCAGUGCGCACAUCUCUAGACUUAGAACUGGAUCUUCAGGCAUCUCUAACCCGGCAGAGUCGCCUCAAUGAUGAACUGCAGGCCCUGAGGGGCUUGAGGCAAAAGCUGGAGGAACUGAAAGCUCAGGGAGAGACGGACCUUCCACCAGGUGUGCUGGAAGAUGAGCAGUUCCAGAAGCUCCUGAAACAAGCUGAGAAGCAGGCUGAACAGUCAAAAGAAGAGCAGAAGCAAGAUUUGAAUGCCGAGAAAUUGAUGAGGCAGGUCUCCAAGGACGUGUGUCGCCUCCGCGAACAGAGCCGGAAGGUUCCCCGGCAGGUGCAGUCCUUCAGGGAGAAGAUCACCUACUUCACCAGAGCGAAGAUAAGCAUCCCGUCCCUGCCAGCCGAUGACGUGUGAUUACAUUGCUGAAGAAAUGAUUUGUUCACCUGUUCAUUUCUUAGGGAGAGCAAAAGACAGAACAUUGGGGGUUUUUUUGGGGAGGGGGGGCGGCGAGGUUGUACUAUAACUGUCAACUCUUAAAGAGCUUUUACUUCACAUCAGAUUUUCAACAUGUAAUUUCUAAAGUAUCUUGAAUGUAAUUCUUAUAUGUUUAAAAAAGCAAAAAAAUCAGAUAACCAAAAUGGAAUAAUCUGGUACACAAAUGUGUAAGUGUGUGUGCACUGCCAGUGGGCUUUGUUUUGUAAAAAUGGAAUCGAGGCAGUACCCAGUGUAUAUCCUAUUGAGCUGAUUGUUGAGAAAUAACUCGGCUUAGCAGAAGGUGGUUUUUGCUUUUCCUUUGUGUUCUUGUGAGUAGACUGUGAAGAGGCAACAGCGGCAUGUGACAUUUUUGUACUAGAGAGCAGCUCUUUUAGUUUGAAGUUGAACAUGAGCAUACGCUUCAGUGCAGAGUUCCAAGUCCACCUGAAACAGGUGCUGUAUUCAUUUCUGUUGCCUACGUUGGAACACUUUGUUUCCUUAAAACAGUUUCCUUUUUGUCCUUUUCUGUUUGUCUAAAGAGAACAAAACCAAAAUGCUGAGUUCCAGAACAUGAGAAUGCACAGGAGCGUUCCUCCUGGCCGCGCUAAAGAUCUUGUGAUUUAUGACAAUAAGGGUAGGGAGAGGAAAGGAGAAAGCCAGUUACCCUAUAAUGCACUGACACUCAUCAGUGAGCGGCUGCUGCUUCUGACUCAGCCUGAGUUAGGGUAAGUGUUCAGAUGGGAGCUCCUGGCUUGCACAGCGUGUUUCACCCUAGGUAUCAGGAUGGCGUCAAGCAGAAGAACGUGGUGGCCCAUGUUCUAAGGACAGAAUUGUGAUGACAUGGAGGGAAACACAUCAGCAGUCAUUUGGGGAAACCAGGAACAGAGGAAAGGGCCUUUUGAUGGAAUCAAAGUUGCCAAAAAAAAAUUUUUUUAAUCCUUUAUUUAACAGAUUUCUAACAUUUACUAGCAGUUACUUUGCGGCUCUCAUAUAGGGGAUCCUAUCUAUAAUUUAUGGUAAGGAGCUGCGCGGCAAAGAGAAGAGGGUGCCUGGGAGAUUAUUAAUUUCAUGUACAGACUGUCAUUUGUUUAAAAAAAAAAAAAAGCCAUCCUAGAUUAACAAAUUUAGAGAUGUGAACUCACUAAAGCAUCUUCCAGUGUAGAACUUAAGCUCACCCAAUCCAAGCUCUUCUUAAAAGAAACAAAUCCCCGGGGUAGCUCUGCCAGCAUAAAGACUUUUAAAAUAGUUGUAUGCAAUUUAAGUCAUACUUAUUACUCAAUCUGUAAUACUGGCAGAGGCGAUUUUUGGUUAGCCAUCUUUUAUAGCAAUCUAAGUCAGUUUUUUGGGGUUUUUUGGAAAUGCAAAAAUCAUCUUAAAGGAACGAGCCCGUUUCCUAUUCUAUGGGCCCCAAGUUCUAGUCCUAAGCCUCAUUAGCAAGAAUUUUUAUUUCCAUGAAAAGUAAUUAUACAUACUUUGGAAAGUUAAUUUUAUCAGAAUCAAAAUUCAAAUUAAGCAAUUCCUGAGCCUGGAACUUUAUUUUUUUCGUAAGUGUCCCACCACUUAUAUACACAUGUCUUUGAAGCUAUAACUGGACGUGACACUACUUUGAACAAAAACCAGCCUCGUGAAUUGACUGAGCACAGUCCUUCCAGGCUGCCCAGUUAUUCUAUUAGACGAGUAAGGAAAACUGGGAAAAGAAUACCAUUCAUCCUUGUCAAGGUCAAAUGUGAAAGACAGAAGUUUAUUUAAUGUAGAGUUAAAUGAAGGUCAGCUGUUUUCAGCUUCUUAAUUUGACCGUGAAAAUGUUUAUAGACUAUGUGUAGUUGUACCGUACGAUUUUAUUUUCAUUUAUUUAUUUACGGUCUUAUUUAUGUUCUGUUUAAUAUAUAGUUCGGUUCUGGCCAUUUUAAAUGUUGGACAUAGAAAAGCCUAUAUUGGAAUAUUUACAGCUUUAUGAAUCAUCAGAUUAGCUGUUUACUUUUUGUAAUACAAAAAGUUUCUGACAAGUAUAAAAGAAUAAAAUCUGUCUCAGGCUGGUAGUUAACAAUUGUGACCACAAUGCUUUCGGCUUUAUUGUACAAAAUUUGCUCAUUUCUAACAUGAGAAACUUAUUUUAAUAUUAUCCUUUUCCACACUUUAAAAAUCAGCAAUUGUGUUAUGUAUUUAUAGGCAGCUUUUAACAAUCUUGUCAUAUUUGUACUAACCAAAAUGAUUCACAGUGACAAAACAUUUUAAUAACUUGAUCACAAAACCAUAUGGACAAUAUGAAUUUUAAUAUUAUAAAUGCUAUUUUUAAAGGUAGAAUUUAUUCUGCACAGGGUAAAAAGAAUGUAAUAUUUAGUUCUCAAGUUUGACUUAUCAAUAUGUUAUUAUAAUUUUGUAUAUCAGAAUCUAAGUGUUACAGGUACAAAAAGAAUGUUGCUAGCCAGAUGAACAAAGUUUAGCUGAAUCUCUGUAGCAUGCAAAUCAAAUAAAUUUAAAAUCUUUUUUUUUUUUUGCUAUUACUUUAUAUUGUAUUAAAUAUCAAAAGCUCAGGACUGAACUAAAUAUUUAAUCAGGUUAAAUUCUGAAUAUGUUUCUGUUUUAAUGUCUUGUUUGUAAAAGUGUGCAAAUACAUCACAUAGAUUAA